UCAGGCUGUCUAGUCACAGAGGAAGGCUGUGCUUCUCUGGUCUCAGCUCUGAGGUCAAACCCCUCACACCUGAGAGAGCUGGACCUGAGCUACAAUCACCCAGGAGACAAGGGAGUCAGACUGCUCUCUGCUGGACUGGAGGAUCCACACUGCAGACUGGAGAAACUCAAUGUGGAACAUGGUGGAGAGAACAGAAUGAAACCUGGGAUUAGAAAAUAUGUCUGUGAUCUCACACUGGACCUAAACACAGUAAACCGAUGCCUCUCUCUGGCUGAGGAGAACAGAAAGGUGACAUGGAGGAGAGAGGAGCAGCCGUAUCCUGAUCUCCCAGAGAGAUUUGAGUACUAUGAACAGGUGCUGUGUAGAGAGGGUCUGACUGGGCGCUGUUACUGGGAGGUAGAGUGGAGUGGGGGAGGGGCUGAUAUAGGAGUGACAUAUAAAGGAAUCAACAGGAGAGGAGGGGGUGAGGACUGCUGUUUUGGAUUCAAUGACAAGUCCUGGAGUCUGAUCUGCUCUGACAUCAGUUACACUGCCUGUCACAAUAAUAAUGUCACUACCAUAGACGUCCUCUCCUCCAGUUCCCACAGAGUAGGAGUGUAUCUGGACUGGCCAGCCGGCACUCUGUCCUUCUAUAGAGCCUCCUCUGACACACUGACCCACCUGAUCACAUUCACCUCCACAUUCACUGAGCCCCUCUAUCCAGGGUUUAGGGUUUAUCAUGAAGAGUCCUCAGUGUCCCUGAAAUUAUACCCGUGGUAACACAAAUAAUAACCUGGCACACACGCUGGACACACACACACACACACACAGGACACACACACACACACACACACACAGGACACACACAUACUAGACACACACACUGGACACACAUACACACAGGAAACAGUUCUUCCAUGGUCUGCAUACUCAGCAGACAUGUCACCCGUUCUGGAUCGAUGUGUACGACAGCGUGUUCCAAUUCCCGCCAAGAUCCAGCAACUUCACACAGGAAGAGGUCAACAUUCCACAGGCCACAAUCAACAGCCUGAUCAACUCUAUGUGAAGGAGAUGUGUUGCGCUGCAUGAGGCAAAUGGUCACGCCAGUUACUGACUGGUUUUCUGAUCCACACUCCUACUGUUUUAUUAAGUUAUCUGACAAAUAUAUUUGUGUUCCCAGUCAUGUGUAAUCCAUAGAUUAGGGCCUAAUGAAUUUAGUAUUUCAAUUGACUGGUGGCCUUAUAUGAACUGUAACUCAGUAAAAUCUUUGAAAUUGUUACAUGUUUUGUUUAUUGUUUUGUUCACUAAAAAGAGCAGUUGUAAAUGUUUCAUUCCAUCCCAUCCUUUCACUAAAUGGUAGUAACACUAAGUCAUUCCAUCCCUUCACUAAAUGGUAGUAACACUAAGUCGUUCCAUCCUUUCACUAAAUGGUAGUAACACUAAGUCAUUCCAUCCUUUCACUAAAUGGUAGUAACACUAAGUCAUUCCAUCCUUUCACUAAAUGGUAGUAACACUAAGUCAUUCCAUCCUUUCACUAAAUGGUAGUAACACUAAGUCAUUCCAUCCUUUCACUAAAGCUCUAAAGUAACUUUUUAUUGACAGAUGCCUCAUUUAAAUGUUCUGGAUUUUGAUGAAAGGAAAUCCCAUAAAGCCUACUGGCCAGGACUUUGUUAUGACAUCUUCUGAUUGUGUGUCUCAGAUCAGGACUUUGUUAUGACAUCUUCUGAUUGGGUGUCUCAGUUCAGGUCUGAGCCAUGAUCAGAAUGUGUCUGUCUAUUUCCAGCCCUGCCAUUUCUACCUGUCCUGAUCUAGUGUUUGACCCCUGACCUCCUCACAUCGUCUCACUGUCCAUGUCUGCUUUUAGCUCCCACCUCUACUUCACUGUGUUAUAAUGGACCUUAUGCUUGUUAUGUCACCUCUGUAACCAGGUAUCAAACAUACUGACCUUUCUGACCCUGUCCCAUGGCCCUACUUCACUGUGUUAUAAUGGACCUUAUGCUUGUUAUGUCACCUCUGUAACCAGGUACCAAACAUACUGACCUUUCUGACCCUGUCCCAUGGCCCUACUUUCUAGAACUGAACAUUUAAAUUCCUCUACAAGUUUUGUUUUGUUUCCACUUACUUAUUUAUGUAUUUGUUGUAUAUUGGGGUUGUGCCGCAGAGCAUCAUGGGGGUUUGUAUGUGUAGAGAUGAUCACGUUCCAGAUAAAUGGUUGAACUGA